AUGCAACGUUCGCCAGUAGUCCCUGACGAAAUCGUUAAAGAAAUACUCACCCCGUUCUUUCAUAUCUCAGAAGAACUGUUUGCCAGUGUCGCAUGGGUGUCCCCUUUUUCAACAUACAAACUGAGCAGUUCAGCUGCUCUUCUCGUCUGCAAAAGCUGGAAUCGCGUCGGCACGCCACUACUCUACGACACAGUUAUCCUUCGAUCCAAAGCGCAGGCUCAGGCCUUAGCCGCUGCUUUGAAGAAGGACGGCCGGCUUGCGACAUUCAUCAAGAGAAUCAGGAUUGAAGGAGGUUAUGGAUAUCCUGUUUUGCGACAUCAUGCGACGCUGCUCAAAUCUGCACGAGAUACCGACUUGCGGAGGCUGACCUUCGUGGACACCAGCACGGACCGACGGGAACCUUCGUUGUCUCUUCGGACGUACCUCUGCAUUGAGUUGGCGUGCGCUAUCUCGACGUAUUGGGAGGUCUUGGAGCACUUUCGCUUUGCAGGCAAGGAACCAGGGUUGAGCGAAGGUGCUGACCUCGUCCUCACGGAAGUCCGGAAGAAGAAAAUUCGAACCCUUGACAUCCGAGAAAUUACUCCGUUAUCCGACUCCGUACUGGACCUACUACGUACUGGACCUACUAGACAUCCCGACUCUAGAGGAAAAGAUGACGAUAGGCCUCUGUCGUGGGAGAUGCUUGAAGAUCGUGAAUUGUAUGACAUGGUCGAGUUCUCAAGCGAUGGGCUCGGGGACGAGGAUCACACAGAUCGAGAAUCGAACUGUUAUGUUCCCGGACUCAGGUGGGCAUUGCUUGAAGUACCGCCUCUGUUAGGGAGGCCAAAAAUACCCUUUGAGUCUCUGGUCGAAGUCAAUCCGGGUGUGGCAUGCCUGUCCGCCGGAAAGUCGAUCCUUUCCCGUUCCACCAAAGACAUUGCCUUCUUUCCUCCAGAGCAUGGCGCCGAAUCCGGGUGGACGUAUACUUCACCGAUACCGCUCACCUGCUACAUGCUGGAGUUACUGGUGGCAGCCUCUCCGCAUACGCUUCAACAGCUGCAUCUCACGACAGUGCAAGGUUUAAUCGAGACCUCAAACUUAUUCCGAGUCAUUGACGCCCUUUCACGAAUCGAAAAUCUUCGCUCACUUGCACUGGGCGAUGUCGUUCUUUUGGAGAAGGAUGUGCCCAAAACAAUGCCCCCUGUCCCGGUGGGCAUGCUAUCCCGGUUGGAGCGCCUUGCCAUAUUCACUGAGGCCACGUCAGCGCUCACCGUCCUCGACCUGCUGGCCAAAGUGGAGUGA